UAAUGCGUAGAUGACGCGUUGAUGAGAUCAACAACCCGAUUUAAAAAUAGGUUUAAUUAGUGAGCUGUCACUUUAAAGGCGAUUAAAUUUACCAUCAGCAUAAAACCGAAUUGCAAAAAUUGUUUGUGAAAACUAAAAUAAUUGUCAAGAGCCAUGAAAUUCUAAAAGGAUCAUCAAACAAUUACCAGGUGUCCCUUUUUGGGGUUAUCAGAAAAUAUUAGCAACGUGUCAACACAUACCUCUUUAUCUGUUAUAAUGUUUCGUGUUACAACAAACAUAAUGUGUGUAUUUCAUUCAUGAGUAAGUUGAAUUACAUAAUUUAUGAUAAUGAGAUAUAUGUUAAAUAAAUUGUGAUAAACCUUGUGCGAAAAUAUUUGUUACUGAUGAGAAAGACACAGAUUAUUAUAACGUUUGAGACGUCAGACGAUCUCUUUUGUCGGUAAUAAAUGCCAUCACAGAGCAAUCAUCUUGGAAUCUUUCUCGGGGGCUCGUUAUCAAUUCGCUGACCUUCUGAAGAAAUUUAUGCAUUGAACAGUUAGUAGUGUUGUAGCUAGAGCAAGGAAUACACCAUGAGUACAGUAACUGAGAACCUUAUUCAUUCAAAAAUUGAAAACGGGGAGGAACACGAUAAUUUUUACCACUGCGAUGAUUACGAAAAUAACGAAACGUGUAAAAAUCCCAACUGCCAAGUAACCAAGUUCAGAUAUCCUGAUGGCACCGUACGGCUCAGAAAUCCUCAUAUUGAACUCAUGGAUCAGGAUAUACUCUAUCACUUGGCCCUAGGAAGCGGCUCACACGAUCUUGUCGAAAUGUUCGGAGACGUAAAAUUUGUCUGCAUGGGGGGGACCCCAAAGCGCAUGGAGGCUUUCGCCUACUACAUAAUGAAGGAAAUUGGUCACAAACUACCAACAGGAACAACCUUGCAAGAUAUCAGUCAAUACUCAUACCGUUACAGUAUGUUUAAAGUCGGUCCCGUUUUGUCCGUUAGCCACGGUAUGGGUAUACCAUCUAUUGGAAUCUUACUUCACGAAAUAAUCAAACUCAUGUACCACUCGAAAGCGCGCGAUCCGAUUUUUUUCCGCAUCGGUACUUGCGGAGGAGUCGGUCUCGAAGGUGGUACUGUCGUAAUUUCCGACGACGCAGUAGAUGAAAUGGGAAACCAUUAUUAUCAAGUGCCAAUGUUAGGAAAACCAGUGAGAAGACCAGCAAAAUUAGAUAAACGUUUAGUUAGAGAACUAAAAGCUUUAUCCGAUCCUGAAGACCCUUACGAUACGGUUAUUGGAACCACAAUGUGUGCUAACGAUUUCUACGAAGGACAGGGACGGACCGACGGGGCAUUUUGUGACUACACCGAGUCUGAAAAAAUGGAAUAUUUGACAGGAUUGCAAAGCAACGGGGUGAAAAAUAUUGAAAUGGAAGUUAUACCAUUUGCUGCAUUGACUCAUCAUGCUGGAAUAAGGGCGGCAGUAGUCUGUGUUGCUUUGUUAGACCGGUUGAAAGGAGAUCAGGUUUGCGCUCCCAAAGAAGUGCUAGAUGAGUGGCAAAUAAGACCUCAGAAGCUUGUCGCAAAGUACAUUAGACGUUAUUUGCAAACAAAAGGAAGAAUAUCGUUCGAUGGUCAUGGAUCCAUGGCUGUUAAAAGUCCGCGACGUUUCAAACUAGUCCAGCAAGAGUCUGAGACUUUUGAUUAAAUUAAUUGCACAAGUUGCUUUGUUAAUUUAUUAAUUUAUUAUCGACAAGUCUAAGUGUGUGAAUUCGAGGAUAGUGAAUUUGACAUAUUUGAUUUUUUACAUUAUUAAUAAGAAAAGAAGAUGAAAAUGGUGUAGGGGUAUAGGAGCUUUUAAAGUUGAGUCGUCAGAUGCACAGUCCUAUACUGUUACAUUAUCUAGUUGUUCGUAUUUGUAAUAAAAUGAAUUGUAAAAGCACAGACUAUACUUCUUAAAUGGCAAAAAUAAUCUGGAUAUUGGUUAUAGUGGUCGGAAAUUAUAUUUCAUCCUAAACAUAUCAGAGCAUAAGACUCGUGACAUUUCUUUGAGAAUCUUCCAACACACAAUUUGACCAGGAAAAUACCAUUAAGCGGCUUUGCAUUUAAAUGUUAUGUAAUUUUAACAGUCGGUAGUCAUUUGCAACCUAUAAAGCAUGGUGUUUUAAUGUUGUGACGUUGUAGCUAUAUACUGGACAAUACAUUUGUUACAAUUUACACAUUUUAUGGUAGACAACGACGUAGUCAUGUGAUUAAAAUCUGCCUAAUUUGUUGGUUACAUCGUUAUUGUUGAAUUUGCUCACAGUUAUAGGGGUUGUUCGUAUUAAAAUUUUAUAUAAGCAUUAGAAAAAAAUACAGCAUCUCUAUACAGGCUUCUUCUUUCAACACAGAAUCUUCAAAUCUUCGGAAAACCCUAGACUUUUUCAUUUAUAUAAUUCCAUUACUGUUGAUCGAUGUUCAUUCUAGAGUAGUCUGUUUUAUGUCGCCUAUAAACAAUAAAUAUUUGCCAGUUA